GGUGGUGGUGGCCUGGUGAAAUAAAUGAAUUACAUUCCUUUUGUAAAUGCAAGCCUCUGCAGGUAUUUGUAGUCAGGAGCUGGAAUAUCAACAGUGAACCAGAAAAAAAUAGUGAAAGUGUGUGUGUUCAAAUGUCUGACUAUUAUUUUCACCACACACUAUUUGUGUCUUUUGACAGGCUUUAGGUGAAAACCUGAUCAGAAUGAUUCAUAUUCAUUAAAUUUGGUUUAGCAGGUCCCAACCUAACUCUACAGAUCGCUCCCUGUUUAAACUCUGUCACUGCCCACACUCUGGUUCAGUGCCUUGCUAAAGAGCACGUCGGUAGCCCGUGUUCUUACAACACUGUGCUGCUUCUUCUUAGUCAGUACACGUGAAAGUAAACGCUUCAUUGCUUUGUCUUGCCAUGCUGUAAAUGUGAAGGCUGUUGCUGUCUCCUCCUUGACCACUGAGUCGUGGAUCAGGAAACAGCAGCAUGUCUCUGGAGGGCGCCGGGUGUAUGGCUCUGCCCCUUUUACGCAGCCAAAUUCAAGAACAGGAACAGCAGUGACAGCAGCUUUCCAGAAACAAGUGGAAACAAAGAGAACCUCCCCUUCAAAUUAAAAUAAAUGUAGCCUUUUUUGCUGAAAAACGUUUACUAGAUUCACGCAAUAUUUAAACAUGCUGAUAAUCAUUACAUUUACUUCAGAAGACGAUAUAUUUUGAAUGCUUGGUGUCUGUGAAGGCUGCGAUGGUGUCUCAUAAUACAAAUAGAGCAAAGGAAAAUUUUGCCAUACGCAUCGGAACUGUAUGUGAUGUUAAAGAAAUCCCUGCAAAAAUGUUCAAUCUGCUUACAUUCUUGUUCAAUGUGAUUGUGCUCGUACAUCGUCCCUUACAAUUUCAUCUUUUUCCUUACUUUUAUUUCGAAAGGUACUGUGGAAAUCGUGCAUAAAUUGGUGGAGACUUCAUACCGGCGCGCUCCUGUCUUUCUUCUCCCCUAGUGUGCGUGUGUGUGUACGUGUGUGUGUGUGUGUUUACUCCCAUUUCUCUGAGUCUAUGCGUCGUCGUCUCCGCUUUCCCAGUCUGCUGCUGCUGCACAUCCACAGCAGAGUCACCACGCCGAGGAGGAGUAUCGGACCGUAGCUACACCUCGGACAGCGGUGCUGGGUUAUAGUGCUGGUGGAGGGGGGGUGGGGGCAGCACACUGCUCUUCUUGCCCUUCCUAAACCGUGCACAGCCUCAAGCACUGAGGACCCCGGAUUAGUUUUGUGUAUUUAUUAUUAUUAUUAUUGCCCAGACGCACCAAGUUGCAGCUGCAGAGGCGCACUUUUCUCCGUGGCUCUUCUCCCCUUUUGCGCUCGCAAUCCGAAAUGGAAGAUGGUCCGUCUUCAACAAGCUGUUUCAGAAGGUUAACGGACUGUUUCCCUGGUGCAAGCUUGACAGAUGAGAAAGUGAAGGCCUACCUCUCACUGCACCCACAGAUGCUGGAUGACUUUGUGUUGGAGAGUGUGAGUGCAGAGACAGUGGACAGAUGGCUGAAGAAGAAGACCAACAGCAGGCCUGCAGGUGACACAUCAGCUAAAGAAGUCAGCAGGCAGUACCAGGACACAAAUAUGCAGGGUGUGGUGUAUGAACUUAACAGCUACAUGGAGCAGCGCCUGGACACUGGAGGAGACAACAAACUCCUGCUCUAUGAGUUGGGCAACAUCAUCAAAACAGCAACAAAAGCUGAUUCAUUUGCACUUUACUUCUUGGGAGAUUGCAACAAUAGUCUGUGUAUGUUCACUCCAAUGAGGGCCAAGGAUGGACCUCCAAGCCUCGUUCCCUCUGGCCCCAUCGCAUUUGGGACAACCAUUGCCGCUCAUGUCGCCAAGACUCGCAGAACACUGCUAGUAGAGGACAUCAUGGGGGAUGAGCGCUUCCCCGAAGGCACAGGGCAGGACUCAGGGAUCCAUGUUCACUCUGUCCUGUGCCUCCCCAUUCUCACUGCCAUCGGGGACCUCAUUGCCAUCCUGGAGCUGCAUCGGCACUGGGGCAAGGAGCCCUUCAACCUCAGACACCAGGAGGUUGCAACAGCUAAUUUAGCAUGGGCGGCAGUUGCCAUUCAUCAAGUACAGGUGUGCAGAGGCCUGGCCAAACAAACUGAGCUCAAUGACUUCCUACUAGAUGUGUCAAAAACAUACUUUGAUAACAUUGUGGCAAUAGAUUCUCUACUUGAACAUAUUAUGAUAUAUGCAAAAAACCUGGUGAAUGCGGACCGAUGCGCACUCUUCCAGGUAGAUCACAACAAUAAAGAACUGUACUCGGACCUGUUCGACAUUGGGGAGGAGAAAGAAGGCAAACCAGUGUUUAGGAAAACCAAAGAAAUUAGGUUUUCUAUAGACAAGGGAAUAGCUGGCCAAGUGGCUCAGACAGGGGAGGUCUUAAAUAUCCCAGAUGCCUAUGCAGACCCACGGUUCAACCGAGAGGUGGACCUCAAAACUGGCUACACUACGCGGAACAUCCUGUGCAUGCCCAUUGUGAGCAGGGGGUCCGUUAUAGGUGUGGUGCAGAUGGUGAACAAGUUAAGCGGAAGUGCCUUCACUAAAACAGAUGAGAACAACUUUAAGAUGUUUGCUGUCUUUUGUGCUCUGGCCUUACACUGUGCAAAUAUGUACCACAGGAUCCGGCACUCUGAAUGUAUUUACAGAGUGACGAUGGAAAAACUGUCUUAUCACAGCAUCUGCACAUCAGAAGAAUGGAAGACCCUUACCCAGCUCAACCUCCCUGCACCCAUCUAUAAAGAGAUUGAAAUGUUUCACUUUGACAUGAGUCCCUUUGAGGAGAUCUGGCCUGCUGUCUUUAUCUACAUGGUCCAUAACUCCUGUGGAAAGACCAGUUUUGAACUGGAGAAGCUGUGUCGGUUCACCAUGUCCGUACGGAAGAACUACCGACGUGUGCCCUACCACAACUGGAAGCACGCGGUGACAGUGGCACACUGUAUGUACGCCAUCCUACAGAAAACCUCUGGGAUCUUCACAGAGCUAGAGAAGAAAGGUUUGCUGAUAGCCUGUCUGUGCCAUGAUCUGGACCAUCGGGGCUACACCAACACAUACCUCCAGAAGUUUGACCAUCCACUGGCUGCUCUGUACUCCACCUCUACCAUGGAGCAGCACCACUUCUCUCAGACUGUCUCCAUCCUACAGCUGGAAGGGCACAAUAUUUUCUCCAACCUGAAUUCCAGUGAGUAUGAGCAGGUGCUGGAGAUCAUCAGAAAGGCCAUCAUUGCUACAGACCUUGCCCUGUACUUCAACAACCACCAGCAACUGACAGAGUUGCUGACCUCGAGUGCGCUGGACUUGAACAACCACUCACACAGGGACCGUAUGAUUGGUCUGAUGAUGACAGCAUGUGACCUGUGUUCUGUUACCAAGAAAUGGCAAAUCACACGACUCAUAGCCAACGACAUCUAUGCUGAGUUUUGGGCUGAGGGAGAUGAGAUGAAGAAGAUUGGGAUUCAGCCGAUCCCUAUGAUGGACAGAGACAAGAAGGAUGAGAUUCCCCAAGGCCAAGUGGGAUUCUACAACGCUGUUGCAGUUCCAUGUUACACGACACUAUCAAAGCUUCUCCCUCAGUCGAGUCCUCUUCUAAAAGCCUGCAAGGAGAACCUAAGCCAAUGGGAGAAGAUAGCACGGGGAGAAGCAGAGGACAUAGUGCCCAGCCGGCCUUGCGAUUCUGGCCCUGUCAAGGUGGACAACUGACUACCAACAGGGUUGCUGGCCCACCAAAGGAAUACACCCCGAAUCCUGCCACAGACCUGGAACAUUGUAGGGGGAGGAACCCACAUUCUGUGUUAACAGGAGAUGGAUCAGCUCAAGGCAACUUGACUUUGAAAACACACAGUUACCUCAUUGGGUGACGGAGGUGUCAACACUGACGGUUUCACUGAUCCCAGAGACUGACAGACAGCAGAUAGGGAGGGACUUCCACCCAUCACCCUACAUCCACUAAGCUUGGGAAAUCCCUUUGGUAGAAUGGACUUGUGCCAUUUUAGUUGUUAUAUUUUUGCUGUUUUAUUUUAUUUUGUGUGUGUGUGUGUGUCUUUUUUUAGCUGAUUUUUUUAUGGUCUUGUAUUUGCAGAGGCCUUAUUCUGAACCUUUCACAGGCUAGGAUAUGUGAAAUCUUGUUGUCGGUUCAGGCUUUUUUGAAAUGGUACUGUUACCUUCUGUGGUAGGUUUAUCAUAUGCGCACUACUUCAGCAAGGUAUGCCCAGAGACAGAAGGAAUGUGUUGAGCAGGUGUAUGUAUGGUGUAAUGCCACCUUAUUGAGAAGGUGGAUUGUCAGAAUGUUUUCUUAUUACUUUCUAAGCAACAAUCCUUUGCAGUACUUGAAUAAAGACAUACAGCCUAUUCCCUGCAGCAUAUUCUACAAAUGUGGUUGAACUGUGACAAGAGGAAUUAGAUUCUGUCAACACUUUUCAACACAGUUAUAAGAGAGUUGCAGUGUUUCUCCCAGAUGUGUACCCCAGAGCACUGUCCUCAGCGCCCCCAGCUUUUAGGAACCUGCUGCUUAGUAUAUCAGCUUUGUUCUGAUUAACAAGAUCUGACACCAGGCCAGUUCACAAGAUGCACAAAUAGCUUCAGUUUCAGCUUUUAUAGUAAACCAAGACUAUAUUCUAUGGAAUUUUUACUCUCACUGCAUUUUCCACACCACCGAUACAUCAUGAAUUAUUUUACGUAACAAUCUAGUCCCUUUCAUUAAUCAGCAACCAUUUCAACAGCCAUAAAUAAAACACAAGUAAAAUGAGGAUGCCGCACAAGCUGGUUAAGUGUCCCAGCGGAUUAUAAAGAUUCAUUUGUGUGCAGUGACACAACUGACUUUUUACAUGUUGACUGCCUUACUGUAUGUAAUGUGCAGACAACACCCUCAUUUUUAGCACAUGCUUAAGGCGUGAUGAAUUAUAAAGCGCUAAAUAAAUAAAUUGUGAAGAGUGGAAUAAGUAAUAGUCUGUGCAGUUUGGGAUGUUUUAUCCUUUUGAGAUACAUCAGUGUCUUUUCAGGUUCACAACUGUAGUAUGAAACAUCAGUGGCAAUGAGCACUUUGUCAUUUUGCUGUUGAUCCCAGACACAGCGGUUCAACAGAAUUCUCAGCAACUGUCAGCUUCAUAUUUUCCAUAAUGUCAAACUUAUUAAGCUAAAGUGCAUCAAAUGUCUAUCUCUGGGAUUGCAACCUGAGAAUGGUGAUUUACUUUUUGCAGUUCUUCUCACAUCUAUACCCUGCUGAAAAAAAAUUAAUCAUCUUCCCUUAUUCUCACUCUCUGGCUUUAUACAAGGAGGGUACAUUUGGACUCUUUCAAAUGAGUUUCUGAGAUCUUCCAAAAGACAAAUUAUUUUGUCUGAAACUGUCAUUCCAGUUGUCCCUCAAAGACUGAAAUUACCACUCAAAUCAUCUGUUUUAUGACUGGUACUGUGGCUCCCCUGUGGUGUGAAUGUCCAUUUUGAUGAAUGUUUUGUGGAUUGCAGAUCCUCAGCAGUGGCAUGUGGGUUAGCGCACCAUCAGUGUCCAUGAUGUGCUUUGUCUUGCAUUUCAGAAUUGCUUCCAGUAAACUUCAACCAAGAGCAACAAUAAGCAUGCACCUAAGCUUAAUAUAUAAUUUUGCAUAUAUGAUAAUAGGUGUAUCCUCUGUACAAUCUAGAAAUUAGUUUGUACAGAUUGAAAUGUAUGCUCUGAUGGUGCUAAACUGAAUGGCAGUCGUGCACUUUGAGCGGGUGUGUAUGCUGUGGGUGAGAGUAUGUGUGGAUGUGUGUUUGUGAGAAAUAUUUUGAAUGGCUCUUUAACCACUCAAACCCCACCUGAGAACGUGGUUAAGUCCAUAGCACUGUCCCUUCUACUUUUCAGCACCAGUUAUAUCCCACUGUCUGCACUAUGUUUAGUUUAUGAUCUUUAUCAUUAUUACAAUUAUUGAUGAUUAUCAUUACUGUUAUUAUUAGUAUUGUUAUUUUCUUAAUUAGAGUUAAAUUUAAAUUAACUUAUAUUUUUUAUACAAGAAAAAAUAAGGUUGGCCUUUUUGUUUUGUACAAAAUAAACAUUAAGAUACGGUUUAGACAUGUUACUGUCACCCAGAAUAAUUGAGGAAUGUCUCAACUGUAAAUGUAAGAGCAUUAGCCCAAAUGACUUUUAUUAAA